UUAGCUGUUUGUGGCUCCGUUUGCGCUCUUUAUACAGGAUUUACGGUAAAUGUCACCUAGCACUAUAACAGGCGAACAUGACGCUUGACAAACUGAUCUACUCUCUUCAGGUUUCUUUAACAUGACUUAUCAUGGUGCAUUUUGAAUUCCAGAGGGACAGUAAGGUGUUUUUUGUUCACUUUAAAGAAACAAGUCGGUUCACACAGGCUAACAGGAGCUCGCAUGAAGUGAACAGGGAUUUGUUUUUGUAUCUUAAGCGGAGCCGGAAGUAGGAGCUUGAUGGCAGUUGCGCUCUUGUUUAAGAGUUUGAAACAAGGCAAGUUCACAAAUGUGGACUUGUCUCUCUGUCGGGAAUGGGAGAUGAGCUCGGCUGCGUGAAUGUGGCCUCGAAAAACAUGCUUAGUUUUAGCGGUUCCGACGGAGAGACCGUGGGGAAUGUGGCGGACGUGGCUGUGGAAGUUGGGACGCAGAGCUCUGAUUUUGGAGAGGAAGACGCAGAGAGCACGGAGCCCAGUGUGGCUGAUGUGCUGGACUUCCAGCACUGCAAACCCGAAAGCAGGGAUAAAGACACGUGCAGAACAACGUCACCGGUAGAAAUCCUACGGAGAAAUUUCGGAAUCGCGAAAACAUCUGGAACUGGAGGGGACAGUAAUGUGGAAACCCCCAGAGUGCUGGACAAAGUCGACUCCAUGUUGGAGAACUUGGACCACAGAAGGUUGGCUGGGAGCAGAAGGACACAGUGCAGCUCGUCUCUCAACGAGGAAGAGGAAAGUCACUCCGACUUCCCAGAUUUCCUAACAUCCUUGGAAUUAGAAGAUCCUGAACUUCCUGUUUCUGAAGAAAACAGUGAUUCCAGAAGUGCAGAUGAACAUCACCAAUCCAAAGAGCACGUCUACUGCACUGUAUACUGUAUAGCCAAUGAUAACUAUAGGAAGCCUUCAGAUACCACCCUGUCAUCAGAGCGUGGAAGUCCAUCGCCUUCAGAUCUGUCGGUUUUACCUCCUACGGACUCAUCAAAUUCAGAUCCAGAUAUUGAACUCGAUCAUUACCCAGAGCCGUACACGUUGAGCGACCUUGCAGAGCCUCCAGUGUUGAGCAAUGUUCUCUACGUGAAUAACAUAAUAUUACAGUGUCGCGUGUGUCUUGUUAUCAGAUCCAUCAGCUCCCUGCACUGUUGCAAAAAGCCGGUGUGUGAAGAGUGUAUGAAAACAUACAUCAGUUCUCAGGUUGUCUCAGGCCUUGCAGAGAUCGUGUGUCCAAUCCCAGAGUGCAGCGGAUACCUGGCGGAGAGCGUGGUGCUGGCCCACCUGGCCUCUGAGAAUGUGGCUAAGUAUAAGUACUUCCUGGAACUUGGCAGACUGGACUCGGGAACUAAGACCUGUCCAAAGUGUAGCUUGUUCACUUCGCUGAAGGGACGCGGCCAGCCGGUGCAAAGCAAAGACGAGCCCAAGUACAAGAUCCAGUGCAGUAAGUGCGAGUUGGUGUGGUGUUUUAGAUGCCAUGCACCAUGGCACGAGGGUUUGAAGUGCCGCGAGUACAGGAAGGGAGACAAGCUGCUGCGUAACUGGGCCAGCGUUAUCGAGCAAGGCCAGAGGAACGCCCAGAAAUGCCCACAAUGCAAGGUCCACAUCCAGAGGGUGGACGGCUGUGAUCACAUGACCUGCACGCAGUGCAACACCAACUUCUGUUACCGCUGCGGUGAAAAAUAUCGGCAGCUGCGCUUUUUCGGAGAUCACACCUCCAACCUGAGCGUGUUCGGCUGCAAGUACCGCUACCUGCCUGAGAAACCGCACCUGCGCCGCCUCAUCCGUGGAUCCGUGUGCGCGAGUAAAGUGCUGGUGGCGCCGGUGCUCAUUGUCCUUGUGGUGGUGAUCGGAGCCUUGGCUCUGGUUAUAGGUCUGGUCGCAUUCCCCAUUUACUACAUCUGUAAGAAGAAUAAACAUCCCAACGGCAUUGGACGCUGGCUGUGCUAAGACUGCCCAUCUUCACACACACACACACACACACACACACACACACACACACACACACUUACACACACUACACAGUGAUAUGGAUGAUGGUCGAGUGAGCUCUGUUUUUUUUCCUUUUUACCUCCAACACACAGAUCACUACUCCAUCAAGGAUUUUCACAACACAGCAACGUAUGUAAGAAUUCAUCCAGUUUACAAACCUUUACUAUAGAUGGAACUGAUGCUUCAUGUGAGAGUCGUGCAUUUUAGCUUCAUUCUUUUUAGCGCAUAGAAUGCUUUUAUCUGGAUGUUUCGAGUGAUUAUUCAGGGAUUUGAUGGGGUCAAUAGGAAUUCAGUUCUCUCACACACAUACACACACACAUAUCCUGACCCAGCAUGCUGCACUGCACUCUACUGGAAUUUUGCACCAUCAACAAAAAUGUGUGUGUUCGGAUGCUGAUCUGACUUACUGCCUAGGAGAUUAUCACCAUGCCAUUUGUGUCAGUCCUGAGGCCUUGUUUACACCUCACACUAACAUGCAUUGUGUAUCUGGAUAUCCAUAUUCAAACUAGCCCCUGCUAUUACACCUGAUAUUUAUAUGCAUUCAAAUAGAUGUGGUGUGAGCUGAUCUAAUUUUUCUUACACGAUAUAAAGAUAAGAGAGAUAGACGGAGUUAGGGCCGAGGUUAUACUUGCUUUUCAUUCGCCAGCAGGGGUGCCAACAUUUACGGUUUAGCUGUUGCACCUUUGUAUAGCAAUGCAGUGGAUACCUGAAAGGUACACUUUUCUGCUUUUUCAGCUAAAGUAACCGUCAGGCCAAACACGAAUAAAAUGUGCGUAAAAGGCAGUUCACUGAAGGGGAAAGGACGCAGGAUGUGAAAAACUCCCAUUUGAGCUGACUUUAUCAAGGUAUCCUGUAAAUUCGCAAAACUGUAAUUUUGUGAAAUCAGAACAAGAGGACGGGGCUGUAGGCUCUGGGCAGUAAAAGCGUGUUGCUGUUUAUCAUUUAUGGUGUUAGCAUAGAGCCUUCCCGUCCACUGACACACGCUAAGGUUUUAUUUUUUUAUUUAUUUUUUUUUUUGUAAAAUUCUGUCUUUACCUGCCGCGAUUUUCUUUUUAGCAUUUUAACAUGACAUGCUUGUGAUGCAGUUCCAACAUAAACAGCUGCCACAUCAUUUGAAGCAGCACAAAAGCAUGUUUCUCAUCACAUUAGGUAGAUAAGGAACCAGUUUCUCCAAAAAAAAAAAAAAAAAAAAAACAGCUGUUGGCUGUAACUAAAGGUGGGUAUAAAAAUAGUUUUCAUGGUCGAAUAUUGAACAUUUAUAUAUUUCUUAUUUUCACAUGUUAAAUGAAAUAAAAUCAAUUAGUAGUAGAUGCUUUUAGGCCAGCAAUGUGCUGGUGUCUUGUGGUAGAGUCAGGAUCGAUUCGUGAAAAUGUGAUUCUUCCUUUUCACUUUAAACAGACUUUUAAAUACUACAUGCAAAAGAGAAACCUAUUUCAGUUUUCAGAACUAAUGGUUUUUAAAAAAAUCUGAAUCCGACCAAGUGAAGGCUUUUCCCAGAAUUCAAAAAAUAAUAGCUGCGAGAACACAGAAAGAGAAUAUGAUGAUUAGCAUUGGCUUUUUUUUUUUUUGGCUUCUGUGGCAGUCCAAUUCUUCUAUUUGUAACUGUACUGAUGUGAAUACAUGUAAAUAUCCAUGUCUGGGGCUCACACGUGAGGGACGCCAAAAACCUGCCAACUCCAGUUCAUGCUGUAUUGCACAUUUUUAUAAUAAUCAUAAAAAACGCAUGAUAAUAUGAAGUGUAAACGAGGCCUGAUGUACACUCAUCCACCAUUAAAGUCAAGUUCAACAUGGAGAACUUCUCCACCAUGUCCUGAAGGAACAUCUGCAUUCUUUAGUACAUAUGUGUAUCUAUUUAUUCUCAGGUUCAUCCAGUAGAAAUGAACCUCCAGUAUGUUUGAGCUUUGCACACAAUAUUCCAUAUCUGACCUUUGACACCAGUGAUAUCCAUUGAAUUGUUAUUGAGGAGCGGCGAAUAUAAUUGCGAUGAAUAUCACAGAUUCAUUUCCAGUGUUGAAUAUUACGCUCAGUGACUAUAGUGCGUUUAUGUUACAUACAUUACUCGAGAAAGGCACGGUGUUGAAUGUGUGCCUCGUACCGGUUGACGUGAUCAGUAAGCAGCUUACGGUGUUUCAGUGAUGACAAUCACACACAUAAGACACAAUCAGGCCGGAGAGUUUAUGGCACUUUUAUUCUCAGGGAGUGCAUUUGGACUUUCACACACAACUCUUUCACUCCUGCAAUGCUGCGACUUUGGUGUUUGUCGGAUCACAGUGUUGCGCUCGCAUCGAGAAUCAGAAAUGAGAAAAAGGUCACAGUGCCAUGAGUCACAAGUCCAUGAACAUUCAUUCGAGACCUGCUGUUGCACUCUGCUGUGAGCCAAAGGCCCCGACUGGGCCGGUUUCAGUGGUAUUACUGAUGUAUUACUGAUGUAUCUUUUAUCCUCUUGUGCCUUUUAAUAUGCUGUAAAUGGGAUUGUGUUAGAGGGAUUUUUUUUUUUUAAACUUAUAAUUUGAAUUUCGAGUCGCAUAUGAGUGAAUGCAUGCACACUUUCCAGAUGAUCCUGUGGUACAUGUAUGAGACCACCGCACAAUCCUUUUUUUUUUUAAUGAUUGUUACGAAUUUUGGUAUGAAUACACCUUAUAUGUAUGUUUUUUUUUCUCUUUUUGAUUUUGUUUUGUACCUCCCCCAAAUCCUCUUACAGUGCUUAAUCUUGUACGCUGCUGCACUUUAUUUUCCGAGUCUGUCACAUCAGUCCACUUUGGCAGACAGUGGUUACUAUGUAGAAUUAAACGGACCUGCCAAGAUUUGUUUAUUAAUCAUGAGGACGUGUUAAGAGGGACUCAAAUGUCUGUUUUUGGCCUUAAUGCUAAUAAUAAAAUAUCACACAAUACAACCAACACUGUGCAAGUACAA